AUGAAAUACAUACUGUUUGUCGCCUUUGUUGGUGUGGCUGUUGCCUUCCCCAUCAGUGAUGAUGAUGAUGACAAGAUUGUGGGAGGCUACACCUGUACAAAGAACUCUAUUCCAUAUCAGGUGUCCCUGAAUUCUGGGUAUCACUUCUGUGGAGGUUCUCUCAUCAGCAGCCAGUGGGUCCUGUCAGCGGCUCACUGCUACAAGUCUUCCAUCCAAGUGAAACUUGGGGAACACAACCUGGCAUCCCAAGAAGGCACUGAGCAGACCAUAAGUUCAUCUAAAGUCAUCCGCCACUCUGGCUACAACGCCUACACGCUGGACAACGACAUUAUGCUCAUCAAACUUUCCAAAGCAGCCACACUCAACUCCUAUGUCAACACAGUUCCUCUUCCUACCAGCUGUGUGGCCACUGGCACCACAUGCCUAAUCUCUGGAUGGGGCAACACACUCAGCAGUGGCAGUCUGUAUCCAGAUAACUUGCAGUGCCUGAGAGCUCCUGUACUCUCCUCAAGCCAGUGCAGCAGUGCCUACCCCGGCCAAAUUACUAGCAACAUGAUAUGUGUAGGAUACCUGGAAGGAGGGAAAGACUCCUGCCAGGGGGAUUCUGGUGGUCCAGUAGUCUGCAAUGGGCAACUCCAAGGUAUUGUUUCCUGGGGCAUUGGAUGUGCACAGAAAGGCUAUCCUGGAGUUUACACUAAGGUUUGCAAUUAUGUCUCCUGGAUCCAAUCAACUAUUGCUGCCAACUGA